AUGACUGUCUUCGACCCAGAUUCAGACAGCUUGCCUAAGCUCUCCGAGCUCGAGACGAAGCCUGGUGCUCCUCCCCAGUCGGCAUGGUUCUGGGGCGAGAACGACGAGCUCGGGCGUCUCAACUUGCUCACUCCAAGACGGGUGGCGAGCGCGGCCAGGUUGAUCCAGACAGGAGAAAGGGUCGGACUGAAUUUCCCAGCAGAACUGCCCAACCCUCCCUUCUUCGGUCGGGAGCCUUUCAAGCACAAACUCAAACAGAGCGUCGAAUAUGGCUUUGAUGACCUCCACGACAUGAACACCCAGAGUGGCUCGCAGUGGGACGGAUUUCGACAUGUCGGUAUGGCGCACGAAGGGUCUUAUGUGUGGUAUAAUGGGAUCACGGCCGACGACAUUCACAAAACCAGCAAAAUGGGAUUGCAGGCAUGGGCGAAACAGUGCAUAGCUGGACGGGGAGUGCUCCUUGACUUUUACUCUUUCGCCGGCAAAUCCUACGAUCCCUUCACCACUAGGGACAUCACCACACAGGAACUCCUGGACUGCGCGCGAGCUCAGAACCUGACGUUCAAGUAUGGCGACAUCCUGAUCAUUCGGAGCGGCUGGUCCGAAGCAUAUCGCAAGCUCGACGAGGCCGGACGACAAGCCAUCGGCUCCAAGGGCUGGGACGACCUGCGCUUUGCCGGCCUCGACCGCAGUCCCGAGACCCUCGCGUUUCUGCACGACAACUACUUCGCGGCGGUCGCGGGGGACGCGCCGUCGUUCGAGUCGUGGCCCAUGAACGGCAAGACGGACCUGCACUACUUCCUGCUUCCACGCUGGGGCGUGCCCAUCGGGGAGCUGUGGGACUUGGACGGCCUGGCGGAGCUGUGUAAGAAACACAACCGAUACGAGUUUUUCUUCACCAGCAGCCCGUGUAAUGUGCAAGGUAUGUUGGACACGCAUCCUGCCAGCAGAUACUUUUGA